AUGAAAAGGCUGUAUAGCUUCCCGCAGCUGCCAGAAGAGGAGCUCAUAGCUGUAGAGCCCGUUCUCUUUAAAGACGGGAUACUCGAAGCGUCGUUGUCAGCCGGUCCAAGUACCGCGCACUCAUGGACACUUUCGAACGCUCUCACGACAUCUGCGAGGAUGAAUCAUCACUGCACACGCUAUGUGCAGCUCCUCCAGGAAAAAUGCGGUCCGUCACGUCGCACACGACGAAUCGGUACCACGACUCGAAAAGAAUGUCAGAUCGAGGCGUACAUGAGGGACAUUUCGCCCGCGAUGUUCUCUCUUUCGGAUGAAGAUCACGAGCAAUCCGUCCCCCCUUUUCCGCGGCGACACUGGACGCCGCACGUCCAUCCCGAGGGAAAACUGUACUUUGUCCGCGAGUACCAGGACUCGCAUACCAUCCGCGUCGUGACUGAAACCCACCUACUCGCUCCCUCCCCCGAUUUGGCGGGCAUAUGCGACUCGUGGAUCGAGUACAUCCAAACACGACUCGAGCAGAUCGGGGUCCGCAUCACGCCGCACUUGGAGCUGUUUAUUCAGCUCGAGGGCGUCCACAUGUCGGACUGUGCCCACUAUCUCGUUGAUCAUCUGAACAAAGUCCAGUUCUGGUUCGAGCCGGUGAACACUGAAGUCUUGGGCUUGCCUCCUGUCGUCUCCGACUCCCAGCUCAAGCUCGCGUUGUGCGAACUGUACUGGUCACAUGUCGAGCAUUUCCCCAUGCACAUCGCCCCGCAGCCAAUAAGCGUCUUGGAAAAUCUGAUCAGUGUGAUGAAUCACGGAUUAUGCGAUCACAUGACUUCAAGAGUUUCGACGUUCCCGUACAAUGCAGAAGAAUGCGGCGCGCUCAUCAAUAUGCUACAAAGCUGUAGAGGAAACCUUUCGGAAGGAUACACAACCUGGACCUUGGCUAGAUUGUGGACUGUUAUAUACCGAAACAGAAUUCUCAACUUCCACGGCGAGGACUGUGCCCGGCUUUCACGUGAUCAAUAUGUGCUUUAUCCACGCACGAGAGCUGGAUGGAGCGAAAACGUGCUGAAGGUUUUGACUUUCGGUAUCUGGAAUGCCUUUGUCGCGCGAUUAGACGAUGUGUUUGUCGAUCACGUGGUUCAUGUUCACCUUUGGAAGGGGUUGAUUGUGGAUUGUCUGGCGGAAUGGGAGAGCGCAUCGCAUGCGGCAACAGCGCUGUUGUUGCACGCGCCAUUCUUACUGAUGCCACUGAGUCUACCACCUGGUGCUGCCCUCACUAUAUCUGUAUUGCUACAAAGCUCAAGCCUCUUGUGCUCCAUCGUCCUCAAACUCCAAUAUCAGUCGAUGGAGAGGUACACUGCUGACGAAGCGCUCCGAUAUCUCGAAAGGGCCCACUCGGAGACACUGCAGUUCCGGAUCCUGGCAGCGGCGUUCGCACUUCCAAGGAUGCUAUUUCUCUACGGGUGUUUGAUUCUGGUGUUCAACUGGUCGGUGGUCGCGGCUCAAUGCUUGGGUCUCGUGGCGGGUGUCUCUGCGUUGGGACUCAGUAUCGCCGUUCCAAUGGUCCUGUGGCUUGCCAUUCUGAAGCCACGGACGCAUGUCUCGCUCGGUUGGCUGAAGUGUUCGAGGAGGCGGAGGAGCGUCCAGGCGCCCAUUUGA